UAUAAUCACAAGUGCAUAUUCGGUUCAAUUUUGGUUCAGCCACUGACAGGAAGGAACUCCCUUUGACUACUCUCUGAUAAAAAUAACAUGAAGACAAAUUUUUACUUUUAAUCUAGCUCUUUUAACCUUUAUAAAUGAAUUUCAAUACCAUGUCUCGACGACCUUCAAGAGACGAAACUGACCAAGACCUAAGGUGGUUUCAUGGGAAAAUCAACAGGCAAGAAGCUGAAGCUCUACUUACUAAUGAAGAUGACUCUGAAGGCCUAUUUUUGGUGAGAGAGAGCCCCACAGUUGAUGGAGCUUUCAUAUUAAGUGUUCGUCACCAAGGAGAGCCCAGACAUUACCAAAUAAAUCGACAUGGGGCUGAUGCAUUUUUUUCAAUUGAAGAUGGAUACAUUGUUCAUGGCCUUGAUGCUCUCAUUACUCUUUGUCAGAAAGAGGGCUCUUCUAUUUUUGGACCACUUAACCGACCUUGCAAAAAAGAUUUGCCACCUGCUGAUACAAGGUGUCAUGGAAGAUGUAAUCUAUUGCAUAGAGCUACCAAAGAAGGCAACCUAACUGUAGUAUCAGAAUUACUUCGAGGUGGCUCCUACAGGAGUAUCGACGCUAAGAACGAAAUUGGACAGACUGCAAUCCAUUUAGCUGCCUUUUUGGGGAAUAAUAUGAUUCUUAAACUUCUUAUCCAAGGAGGAGGAAAUGUCAAUGUUAAGGAUGAUGCAGACCUCACUCCACUACAUUAUGCUUGUAUACACAAUCAUCACGAAUGCUUAAAGACUUUGCUGGAGUUCAAAGCUAGCCCUCAAAUCCGACACCGUUUGACCGGAAUGGUUCCCCUUCACGAGGCUGCUAGUCGAGGACAUCUCGAUUGUGUGAAAAUCAUGAUGGCAAUGUCUGUAACACCAUUGUCACGCACUAAAGAAGAUCAAACUCCCGCUGACUUAGCUAGAAAAAAUGGUUUCUAUCAAUGCGCGCGACGAUUAGAGUCCUACAAACCUCCAUUUCCGUUCACCAGAAAAGAGGACUGGUAUCAUGGACCCAUCUCACGACAGGAAACUGAGCGUCGUUUGAAAGAAGGCAGCGCUAAAUACAAUGAAGAUAACUUUUUCUUAGUUCGGAGAAGUGCGAGCAAGCCAGGAUUUUACGCUCUUUCCGUGCUCUACACUGGACGCGUCUUUCACUUUGAAAUUUGCAAAAGAGGACAGUAUUAUUACGUCGAUUACGGGCCGUACCUUGAAUCUCUAGAACACGUCGUGGGUCACUACAUGAAUCACGCAGAUGGCCUCCCUGCCGAAUUACAACGACCCAUCAAACCACCUCAGCCAGUGGUCGAUGACAAUUUCGCUUUUAAAACAAUUUCAAGACAAACACUCAGUCCACCGCCCUUACCAAACCGAAACCUUCGUCGUUCACCGUCACCCAACGAGUCUGUCAGUAGUUCAUCCAAAGAUGUUCCUAAACGCGUUGGAAUUGUUACGAAGGAAGAGUUGGAGUUGUACGACACACUUGGUGAGGGAGAAUUUGGUUUCGUUUAUAGAGGAUCAUUGCGCCAAUCGAAUGGAAACUCGAUUCCUGUUGCGAUAAAAACUCUGCGUGAUGAUCAAAUUGAAUCAAACCGAGAAGAAUUUCUCCGUGAAGCACGGGUUAUGAUGGAAUUACGAAAUCCUAAUAUUGUCCGUCUAAUUGCUCUUUGCAAAGGCCCUCCGCUAAUGAUGGUCCAAGAGUUGGUGGCUUUGGGUUCUUUGUUGGACUACUUGCUGGAUCAUCCCCAUACAAUUAGUCCGCAGUUCGAGUUUCCUCUAUGGGCUGGGCAGAUCGCUGAUGGAAUGCUCUACCUUGAACAAAGAAAUUUUGUUCACCGUGAUUUAGCAGCCAGAAAUAUUCUUUUGGCAACACGAUAUCAGGCGAAAAUUAGCGAUUUUGGCUUAUCAAGAGUCUUGGGUGCUGGAGAAAGUUUCUAUUCAGCUUCAAAAGGUGGACGAUGGCCUGUAAAAUGGUAUGCCCCAGAAUCGAUUAAUUGUGGUAUGUUUUCCCAUGCAAGCGAUGUUUGGAGUUACGGCGUCACCCUUUGGGAAACGUACAGCUUUGGCACGCAGCCAUAUGGCGACAUGUCCGGCGCAGAGGCUACAGAAGUAGUCGCACAGGGUGCACGUCUGCCGCAACCUGCUCGUUGCCCUAAUGAUAUCUACUCACUAAUGCUUCGUUGCUGGUCGGAAACCCCGGAUAAUCGUCCAACGUUCGCUAAUCUUGUGCAGCAUUUUGCCUCUAGCGCCGAAUAUGACAAUGUUAAAAACUUACUUCAGACUGCUUCGACUGAACAAACGCUUGACAAUCUCAUUGACACAUCUAACAGUAAUCUUUUGGUUUCAGAUGUCUAAACAGUAGAGCAUAAUUGCUGCUGAGCAGCAGAUGACUUAAUUAGGAAA